GAGUAGACCAUCAGUUCCCGGAUGGUACAGCAUUUAGUCAUCAAUCAUCCAAGCUCAGUUAUUUUAAAUAAAUUGUUAGUUAUAAACUUUAUUAAAGAAAAAUGUUUUUAUUGUAAAGAAAAUCAUUAAAAUUUCCUGACCCCUCCAUACGUUGUCCAGGUAACAUGGGGAUUGUUGUCCUCUCAUUGAUUUCUUUCCCUUCAAAAUUACCUUUAGUGUCUUCAAGUGAAAAAGUAAAUUAAUAAGUAAAAAAUGGCUCAUGAAUCAAAACGCGUUACCACAAAUUUAGCCACCAUGUACGGCAGGAUCGCCCCAUCUGGGAAUCAUGAAAAGAUAAAAAUCUACUUCUGCACGGAUCUCGACAAAUCAGUCCUCAUAAAUAACUUCGAGAAGCGUGGAUGGGUUCAGGUGGCAGCUGAUGAUGAUUGGAAUUUCUACUGGGCAGGUACACAGACCUGUCGCAAUAUCUUCAGUGUUGACAGUGGCUACCGUAUGCACGACAAUCAAAUCAUCAAUCACUUUCCAAAUCACUAUGAGCUCUCGCGAAAGGAUCUUCUUGUGAAAAAUAUAAAACGCUACAGGAAGGAUUUAGAGCGCGAUGGAAGCCCUCUGGCUGAGAAGACGGAGACAAAUCAAACAGGUGGAACCAAAUACUUAUAUUUGGACUUUAUCCCCGUAACAUUUGUCCUUCCCGCGGACUACAACAUGUUCGUGGAGGAGUACAGGAAGAAUCCAUCGAGCACGUGGAUAAUGAAACCAUGCGGGAAGUCUCAAGGUGCUGGAAUAUUUCUCAUUAAUAAACUGUCCAAGUUGAAAAAAUGGUCGAGAGAGGCAAAAACGGCUUUUCAUCCGCAAAUUGGGAAGGAGAGCUACGUGAUAUCACGCUACAUUGAUAAUCCCCUCCUAAUUGGCGGGAAGAAGUUUGAUCUGCGCCUCUAUGUACUCGUCACCUCUUUCCGCCCACUCAAGGCUUAUCAAUUCAAAUUGGGCUUCUGUCGCUUCUGCACGGUUAAGUACGAUACGAGCGUGACUGAAUUGGACAACAUGUACGUGCACCUGACCAAUGUGAGUGUCCAGAAGCAUGGGGGUGAGUACAAUAAUCUCCAUGGCGGGAAGUGGAGUGUCCAGAAUUUACGGCUGUACCUGGAGGGUACGCGCGGGAAGGAGGUCACCGAUAAACUGUUCGGAUCAAUUACAUGGCUAAUUGUGCACUCACUGAGGGCCGUGUCUCCCGUCAUGGCGAGUGAUCGUCAUUGCUUCGAGUGCUAUGGCUACGACAUUAUAAUAGACAAUACGCUAAAGCCGUGGCUUGUUGAAGUAAAUGCAUCACCAUCACUCACAUCGACCACAGUUAAUGACAGGAUCCUCAAGUACAAGCUCAUCGAUAAUAUUCUCUCUGUUGUCUUACCACCUGAUGGGGUACCUGAUGUUCGCUGGAAUAAAAUUCCCAAUCAAGAGGCAUUGGGGAAUUUUGAAUUGCUCCUGGAUGAGGAAAUUGCGGCACAAGAUGAAAAUUCGUCAAUUGUGAGCAAAAAACACAAUGGAAAUCGAUGGAAAUGACCGUAAAAGUGAUUCCUAAAAACGUUUUAUGAUAACUUUUACCAUUUUAAAGUUUUAUUUGUGCGCGAGUUUUUGAGUGCAGCACAACAUCAAUCAUCACAGGCUCAUCAAUCAACCACCUUCGUUGCUAUCUUUAACCUGUGAUUCUGCA